AUGCCCUCGGAAAGCAGCCUUGUUGCUGCUGAUGAUUCCGGCCAGUGGAAUAGAUGGCUUGUCGCGAUUCAGCUUUUCACGGGGCCUUUGUUCGCCAUUAUCAUCUUAUGGGCGAACAUGAAAGAGGACUUCGAUCAACCGUACAAGACCCUUAUCAAGCUCAUUCUCUAUACACUCUUAGUGUCUACGAUACUGCUUGGGUUUCUGCUGUUGACGACAAACCCCGAUAAGAGACCCAAGUACCACUUCCUGCUGUGCUUCAUGGGGUUCACAAUCGCCAUCGCCUGGAUCUCCACUAUUGCUGGCGAAGUCGUUGGUGUUCUGAAAGCCUUUGGAGUGAUUUUCGGCAUCUCUGAAGCACUCCUAGGGCUGACUAUCUUCGCGGCGGGCAAUAGUGUGGGUGACCUGAUUGCCGACAUAACCGUUGCCCGGCUUGGAUUUCCCGUUAUGGCCCUAUCCGCUUGCUUCGGCGGUCCCAUGCUCAACAUCCUCCUUGGUAUUGGCAUCGGCGGCGUCUACAUGAUGGUACAGGCCGCCAAUCACCGACACAAAAAGCACCCUGACAAGCCGUUUAAAUACCACUCGUACAAUAUCCAGAUCGGAGGCACCCUGAUGAUUUCGGCCAUCACUCUGCUUCUAACAUUACUAGGUCUUUUGAUCAUUGUUCCGAUGAACAAGUGGGUAAUGUCGCGGAAGAUAGGAUACGGACUCAUCGUGCUAUGGACGAUCAGUACCAUUGUCAACGUCGUCGUUGAGUUGACGGGGGUUUGGACCGACGUGUCCUAUUCUUUUACCUUCUAA